AUGUCUUUCGAUCAGUCCACACAGGAACUGGACAAUUCCAUUUGUUUAUUACAACAACGAUGUGCUGGCAGUGCACUGGCGGCAACAUGUGUUUGUGUCGCUUGUAAUGCAAACAAUCAUGCAACACCACAAUCCAGUAGUAAUAGCUCAGGCAGCAGCACUCAACCAAUAGCACCAUCCACAAUUGCCAGAGGCAAGAAACGUCCAUCUUCCUCAUACUCAAACAUUGGCGGCGGCAGUGGCAGUAGUAGUAGUAGUAGCAAUAGUAGUAGUAGCAGUACAACCAAUACCAAUAUCAACAUUAUCAAUAUCAAUAGUAGUAUAAACAUAGAGACGACGACUGGAUCGAAUCCAGAUUCGUUCACAUGCCCAAGGUGGGCUUCGGGCGCAGUGCCAUCGCGCAAUGACCAUCUGAUGUUCUUUAAGGGCGGCGACAAACAUUCGACAUUUACAAUCCCGCUCGACGAGCUCAAGUACAUCCUACUGGGACGCUCCUCCACAGUUGCCCCAUCGCGUACCACCGCCGUUUGCCGCAAUUCCUGCUGCUCCGACGACCACGACGAAACGGAUAACAAAGAUGACGCGGUGAUGGAUCGAUCGAUGUCAAUGUCCCUCAUCUACAAACGAUGA